UGUAGGUAUUGCCCUAUUUCGAUGCCAUUCCUUUCGCCGUCCUCUGGUGAUAUCCGGUGCUUGUCUCCCUGCUGUAGGUGUGGCGAUGGCUUCAAUGGCAACUAGCAAUGGUCAGGUUGCAAUCUGUCUCUCUGUAACAGGAAUAGGAAUAGGUAUUUUGAAGGCAAGCUGUGUCAUGACGUUGCAUCGUGUAGCUGGGAAAAAUUACAACCUAUAUCUCAGCCUUGGUUUUUCUGGAUACGGUUCCGGGAUGGUGCUACUGCCACUGCUAGCGGAAUCACUGCGAGCCCCUUACGGCUGGAGAGGUGGGCUGCUCGUAAUAGGCGCGCUGGUAGCACACAUCAUCCCCUGUGCUGUUGGCAUGAAGGUAGAUCCCGACGAGAACAGCACGCAGAAACGUAAAGUCCACUUAUCCACAGGGCCAUCUACGACAGAUAGCGAAAGAAAAGAGGAGCAAGUGAGACGAUCCCAAAGUGCCAAAGGAGGGAACUCUGACCAAAGCGAGUUUGGUGUCUUUCGUAAGAUUACAAACAGAUUCCGUCAAUCUGAUUUUUACACGGAUCCCAUCUUCAAUGUGGUAUUCGGUGUAUCUUUUACCUACUAUAUGAUUCACUGCGGAUGGCAUUCCUUUCUCGUGCCACAUAUCCUUGGAAGAGGAGUCUCCGUCCAGAAUACGCUCAUACUUACUUUCGCAGCAGCAUUAGGAAAUACCUUCAGCAGAGUCAUUGUAGGUGUCCUCACGAACAACUGGUUCACCUCGGUCGAUGUCUACAUCGUCACUACCACCCUGAACAUUGCUGCGCUUCUCGUUGACGUGUAUUUCGUCAACUACUAUGUGAUGUUAGUUACUUCCUGCGUCUCUGCAAUGUCGAUUGGAGGAAGGGGAGUGGUUGGGACCCUUGUUAUCAGGGAUAGAGCAUCUCCAGAACAAUUCGACGUCGCAUUUGCAGCAGAAAAGUUAAUCUCUGGAUUUGGGAUGUUCCUUGGUGGUUACCUUGGUGGUGUACUGGCAGAUCACUUCGCAUCUUACAACGCUACAUUCAAAAUGUUACCAGUCAUCGAAGGUGUUAAUUUCAUCCUCAUAAUGAUCCUAAGAUGUAAUCCUAAAAGCAGUACUAACUCAGUGUAACCAUGAGACCUGAGGGGGACUUUCGGUUCGCAAACAUGAAAUGUACACGAUUUUUGUGAAAAGAAAGCUUGCUUUAGAAAAUGGACGGGUUGAAUCUAGUCGUUGUUUUUUUUUUCUUUUUCUUGUAGCAGCAUUGUCUUAGUUCGCAUUUUGUUUUUCCCCUCAUUAUAAAAGGACUUAAAACUGGAACAGGAGGGUUGGUUAAAGAGAGAUGUUAAAUUUCUGGAAAAAAACAAUGAUAAAGGUUUUAAAUCCAGUAUUUACCUCUGUUUCAUUUUAAUGUAAUAUUUUGAGAGAAAAAAGUUAGAAAUAGCUAAAACAGUGCUCAAUCAAUAGGAUUUAGGGGGAUAAGAUCUAGAUCGUGGAACCAAAAUGAUUACAAUAAAACCAGGGGUAAAUUUCAUAAAGUAUUAAAACUUUGGUAACUUUGCUUAUACACAGUAUGUAUUUGUCUCAAGGGAAGAUAACCCCUGAUGAUGUUAAUCAUUCAGUUAAUUGGAAAUCAACAGAUCUAUUGCAGACAGCAUAUCCAGGUUAUCGGUGUUGCGGUUGAUGAAUAUGUAUCUUGGUGAGAUCACAUUGAUGUUGUAUGUAGUAUAGUGUCCCGGAAUGUUCGAGAAAUAUCCAAACUGCGUUAUUUUCUCCCCCUGCAGACCCUAGUUACUUUAUAAUAAGCUACUGUCAUGCCUCAAUUGAUGUACUGCAAUAUUGCUUGGAGACACACAUUUAUAACCCAUACAUAGAUUGCAAGAAAGCUUGUUAGAUAUAUAAUAUUUUCAGAUUUUACGUCACCAAGUACUACUGCAAAUUUUUCAUUUUGAUGAAAUGAUUUCUGAUAACUGUGUAACAUUCAUGCUCAAGUGUCAACAUGGACCUACUUCACGGUGUCAAUCACGCCAGUAUACAUUUUGUCUGAUAUUUUUGUGGAAAACUCUUUCAUCCAUGUGGAUGAAGGAGGUGGGGGUUGCAUGUUUGCAUUUAUUAUAUUGUUACAUCGUUUGUUCUUAAGUUAUACUUCUUGUAAAUCUGUUACUCUUUGUGAUGAACCAAUAUGUAAAGGGGCUCCACCAACUAGCUGUGCUUCACUGGGGUUCCAAAUCUAUCAUGCUGCAUGUUCUGAGUUUUGUUUUAUAUUAAGCAUUGUAUCAAUGUUUGAUUUGGUUUGAACAGACUAUACACAGUAACCUUUGUUCAUACGAACCAUUUAAUAAUUAAUGGUAGUUGCAACAAUGGCAAAGAUACUAGAGUUAUAUUAUCGUUAUUGUGAAAUGGGCCUCAGAGGAAAAUGUGAUAAUUGUUUUUUUUCAAUCUCCUCUCACUUUAGGCAUUCUGACAAUAGCACUGUUGGUAAUGUUUUAUGACAUGUUGACUCAAUCUUGAAAAAUGUUCAUGUAGACGUACACAUUCUUUAUGUUUUACCACGCCCUUAUUGUGAAUGUCGUGAAUAUCAGACUUUUUUUUCUGUAAUUCUAUUUCUUUAGGAAUCGAAAGUUCAUCAUUUGGUUCCAAACCAACUUCUGCAAUCGCCAGUUCAUUGGAAGGUUGAGUUUAUAUUAUGUCCAUAUAAGAGCCAUGGGGUUAAAGUAUACCUCCUGCAUUAUAUAUAUAUAUGUAUAUUCAUAAUUUCAUAAUCUAUACAUUUAAUAAUGUAUAGAUGUAUAAUUCAAUAAAUACGAUUUGAUUAAGA